AAAAAUUAAAUAAAACCCUUUAAUUUUUUUGAACCUACACAAUGAAAAUUGUUUGUAAUUUAUUAGUGAGAAGACUACGGCUGCAGACUUCAAUUGCUUCGAUUCGAUGGAAGUCGUCGACCGCAAGCCCGGCCGCUGAUAGGAAGUCAUCGAUCGCAAGCCCGGCCGCUGUUAAUGAUUGUGGACCAAACUUAGAAGACAGAGCUUUAUGUGCAAUUGACCCAUGUGACGUGAACAAAUGCUACGCAGCGCCCCGUGUCGUCAUCAUAGGCGCGGGUAUGGCCGGUCUGUCAGCCGCGGCUCGGCUCGCCCAACGUGGAAUCAACAACAUUGUCGUGCUGGAAGCAUACGAGAGACCCGGUGGUCGAAUUCACUCUUGUUGGCUCGGAGACAUUGUUGCUGAACUAGGUUCUCACUGGAAACCAGACAACGCUUUCACGCAUCCUAUUUAUACGAUGUCAGCUACCGAAAGUCCGCCCCGACCUGGUGUCCCCGGCUCUGAACAUACUCGUGGCCUUUUUAACAGAAUAGUUACCGGCAAAAUGCCGUAUCCCGCCACAAUAUCGGCAUACCACAAAUUUCGUCAGAUUGAACAGGAAGCGGCGCAAAUAUACUGCCUCGGUGGUAAUAAACAAGCAGGCUCACUAAUGAACUUUAUGAGUCUGAGGAUUCAACAAGAACUGCACGAGUACCCUGAAGAUCAACAACACGACGCAGCUAGAAUAAUGUUCGGUCUCUCGCACAUGCUCAGUGCGCGGUGUGGGGAUGACACGGCGAUGCUGUGCGCUGAUCAUGUCGGAUGCUUCAUGAACAUGCCCGGCGGCGAGGUACGUGUACCGCUGGGCUUAGUUGGGAUAUUGGCUCCGUUGUUGCGACAAAUACCAGAAGGAGCAAUUCGUUAUUGCAAGCCAGUUAAUUGUGUUUACUGGGGAACAUCACAAAAAGAAGGUUACCGAGCCACCGUAUGUACUACAGAUGGGGAGGAAUUUCCAUGUGACUACGUCAUAAUUACGGUGUCCCUCGGAGUGUUGAGUGCUAAUGCUGUCAAAAUGUUCUGUCCUGCGCUACCAGCAUCAAAAAUUGACGCCAUGCGAUGCCUUGGAUUCGGCUAUUGCAAUAAAAUUUACAUGGAGUAUUGUCGUCCUUUCUGGUUUUGGCAUAAAGGUAAUCUAAAUUUUAAAUUCAGCUGUAAUGAAUUAUGUGAUCGUUGCGACUGGACUCGAGGUAUAACUUCGAUAGAAGUGGUGCCAAACAGUAAACAUGUGAUGUGUGCUUGGGUAGUUGGCAAUGAAGCUAUGAUGAUGGAAUCCCUUUGCGACAAGGAUAUCGCGGAAGACUUAACCGAAAUAUUGCGGUGGUCAACGGGGAACAUGUGCUUACCAUACCCCAUGACAAUUUUACGAUCACAUUGGACUUCCGAUCCGUUUUUCUUUGGAGCUUAUUCUUAUGAUUGUUAUGGAUCCGAUGGGGAAGCACAGCGGGCUUUGGCGUGUCCACUGCCCGGCCCAAGUGAACCUAUACCUCCAGUACUAUUGUUUGCUGGUGAAGCGACAGUACCUGGUCACUACGCAACUGUGUCUGGUGCUCGACUGAGUGGCGUGCGAGAGGCUGAGAGAGUGGUACAUUUAACGCUGCGAUAUAAAGGUCCGCCUUUGCCCGCUGCGGUUAAAAAACCAAAGAAGAAAAAGAAGAAAAAGAAAAGCGAGAGUAGGUGGUGA